AUGCCCGGUCUUAGUCCUAAGGUAGCCGUUUAUCAUUUGGGGAUCAAAAGUGGAACACGCCCUGUGAAGCAGUCACAACGCAUGUUCCGACCGGAGCUAGUACCACAAAUUGAAGUCGAAGUCAACAAGCUUAUCGAGGCGGGAUUUAUUCGAGAGGUGAAGUACCCAUCAUGGAUAUCAAAUAUUGUACCUGUCAAGAAGAAGAAUGGUCAAAUACGUGUUUGUGUUGACUUUCGAGACCUAAACAAGGCAUGUCCGAAAGAUGGCUUUCCGCUGCCAAUUAUUGAACUCAUGGUUGAUGCUACAACAGGGCAUGAAGCUAUGUCAUUCAUGGUUGGGUCCUCCGGAUACAAUCAAAUCAGAAUGUCUCCAAAGGAUGAAGAGUGUACUGCUUUCCGAACUCCAAAAGGGAUAUAUUGCUACAAAGUGAUGCCCUUCGGUCUAAAGAAUGCUGGUGCCACCUACCAAAACGCGAUGCAAAACAUCUUUGAUGACAUGCUUCAUAAGAGGGUUGAAUGCUACGUCGAUGACUCGGUGGUAAAGACGAAGAAUAGGCGUUAUCACCUUAAAGACCUUCGAAUUGUUUUUGAAAGGUUAAGAAAAUUCGACCUGAAGAUGAAUCCACUCAAGUGUGCAUUUGGAGUUACCUCAGGAAAGUUUCUUGGCUUUAUUGUGCGUCAUCGUGGAAUUGAAGUUGAUCCUGCAAAGAUUGACGCCAUUCAGAAAAUGCCUAAGCCAAAGAACUCGAGAGAGCUUCGAAGUCUCCAAGGAAACUUAGCAUUCAUCCGGAGGUUCAUCUCUAAUCUAGCCGGACGGUGUCAACCCUUCAAUCAUCUAUUGAGGAAGGAUAUCCCUUUUCAUUGGGAUCAGUCAUGUCAAAAUGCUUUUGAAAGCAUCAAAAAAUACUUGCUGAAUCCACCUGUGUUAGGGGCGCCAAUGCUUGGGAAGCCAUUGAUACUCUACAUCGCGGCACAGGAACCUGAUCACCCUCUUCCGGCGGAAUGGGAGCUUUCGGAUGAGUUUCCAGAUGAAGACGUUUUGCUCAUCAAAGAGUUUUCACCAUGGACAAUGUUCUUUGAUGGAUCUGCACGUCGUAACGGUGCGGGGACAGGUGUGGUGUUGAUCUCUCCAGAAAGACAAGUCUUGCCAUUCUCCUUUGUUUUAGGUGAAACAUGCUCCAACAAUGCCGCGGAGUACCAAGCUUUGAUCGUCGGGCUCGAAAUGGCAUUAGAAAUGAAGAUUCUACAGUUGGAGAUCUACGGCGACUCUAAGCUGAUCAUCAACCAACUUUUGGGAAGUUACGAGGUAAAGAAGGAAGAUCUAUUGCCAUUCCAUGAAUACGCUUCUGAUUUACUUGAAAAAUUCGACCGAGUGUUCUUAAACCACGUCCCAAGAGAAGAAAAUCGCAAGGCUGAUGCUUUGGCUAACUUGGCCACGACGAUGGCACUUGGAGAGAAUGAGUCAACAAAGGUAUAUAUGUGUCAUCGAUGGGUUAUUCCUAGACUUCUGGAUCUUCAAAUCAAUGAAAGCCAUCAUACGUCUGUUCGAGUGAUUGAAGAAGAAGAUUGGAGGCAACCAUUGAUAGAAUACCUUGAACAUGGAAAGUUACCCGAAGAUCCGCGACAAAGAACAGACAUCAAGCGAAGGGUACCACGAUUCAUCUUCUAUAAGGGGACAUUAUUUCGCCGCUCUUUUGAAGGACUAUUCUUGCGAUGUCUUGACAAAGAAGAAGCCCGCCAAGCGAUGGAGGAAGCACAUUCUGGCUCAUGUGGAGCACACCAAUCUGGUCCCAAGCUCCAUUUUCGCAUCAAGAGGAUGGGCUACUACUGGGCGACAAUGGUGAAGGAUUGCAUGGAUCAUGCCAAAGAUGUCAAGCGUGUCAAUUUCAUGCCAACUACAUCCACCAACCUCCAGAGCCUCUUCACCCAACUGUAG